AUGCAGCAGCUUGUGUCGCCUCAAUGCAAACUAUGCCUAUUACCUGUUUGUGAAAUGUCCCGUGGGAGAAAUUGGUUCAAACAAUGCGGCCCUCCUGCACCACCUCUUCUGUGUCGAAGGAGAGUGGUUAUCUGCUCCAAGGAUAAUAGCAAAAUGUGCUCGGCCUACGAGCUUGAACGCCAGCUAACUGCCAGCUGUGGAUCGGAACUUUCUUAUGAUUCUUACAAUCAAUCCAUAUGCGAAAUGUGCAGUUCAGGGGAAAUCAACGACGCCAUGUGGUUGCUGUCAGAAAUGGAGGCGUUGGCAUACCGUCCCAGUUUGAAAUCCUACACUGCUAUCAUCAUUGGCCUCGGAGAUAUUGGCAGGACAUUGGAAGCAGAUGCCUUAUUUCAGGAAAUGAUGAUUGGUUACCAACCUGGAGUGAAACCUUACAAUGCCUUGCUCAGAAGUUUCCUCAGGAAAGGCCUGUUGAGUUUUGCUGAUAAGCUUCUUUCCUCGAUGGAGGAUUCAGGGGUGAGAUGGAAUAGGGAAACGUAUGAGAUUUUCCUCGAGUAUCAUGUUGGUGCAAAGCGCUUGGGAGAUACUUGGUCAGUCAUUGCUCGAAUGAGACAACACGGGUUUCAGCCCAACUCCUUCAUGUUAAGUAAAGUUAUUGAGAUUUAUAGGGAUAACGGGAUGUGGAAGAAGGCUUUGACAAUUUUGCAGGAAAUGAAAGAUAUGGGGUUGUCCCUGGAUAAGAAGACCUGCAACUGCAUCAUUGAUACAUUCUGCAAGUAUGGCGAGUUUGAGGAAGCAUUACAGGUUUUUCACACAAUGCAGGAACAAGGAGUUGUGCCAGAUAUUGCCACGUGGAACUCCUUGAUCAGGUGGCAGUGCAAACUCGGGUUAGUUUCUGAUGCAUUAGAGAUGUUUACAAGCAUGCAAGAACAAGGGCUUUACCCGGAUCCAACGAUUUUCCUUGCUAUUAUAGCUCGUUUAGGAGAAGAAGGAAAAUGGCAAAUUAUAAGGAAGAUUUUUGAGAACAUCAUACGUGGAGGGCAUCAAAAGAGUGGAGCUAUUUACGCUAUUCUGGCUGGUAUCUAUGGACAGUACGGGCGAUAUCAAGACGCAAAUGUUUGUGUAAAUGCGCUAAGAUCAGAAGGAGUUGAGCUCUCAGCAAAUAUCUUUUGUGUUGUAGCAAAUGCCUAUGCUCAGUUGGGGUUAUGCGAACAAACUGUUAAGGUUUUCCAGCUCAUGGAAGCUGAAGGAAUCGAACUGAACCUGGUGAUGCUAAAUGUGUUGCUCAAUGCUUUUGGCACUGCUGGAAGGCAUAUGGAGGCACUAUCUGUGUAUAACCACAUCAGAGAAAGUGGUUUCACUCCCGAUGUUGUCACGUACAGCACCCUCAUGAAAGCUUUCAUACGGGCCAAGAGGUUUGAUCAGGUUCCCGAUAUAUAUAGACAAAUGGAAAACGCUGGAUGUACCCCAGACAGAAAAGCUAGAGAGUUGCUUCAAGCUGCAGAAGCAAUUCUGCAACAGAGGCAACAACAUUAUUAA